GCACGCUGGGUUUUCUGUUUUCUCCCGCCCCGCGCAUCCCCAAUUUCUUCCGCGACGUCCUUUCUUCCGAAAACCCCAAUCAAACCCUCCCCCAAAUUUCCCUAUCGUUUCCUGAUCUCCCAGGCGAUGGGCAGCCCGACGAUCGCCGCCAUCGGUGGAGACGAGCCGCCGCCCAAACAUGACGGUCGCCGCGACGGCGCCGAGGAGGUGGCGGAUGGGAGUGCGGAGGCUCCUGCCGCCGCCGCCCGGACGGAGCAUUUCACUGGGAGGAAAUCUGGAGGGAGCGAGACGGGCGGUAGGGUUGCGCCGGAUGAAGAGGACUUGGACGAGAUUCUCGCCGAGAUCGACCAAGCCUCUGCGUGCGCCACCCUCGUGGCCACGGCGGCUCCAGCGGGCACCACAUCCACACCCUUUUUUCCCGCUUCCGAGCCCGCGGCUACGGAUGCAGCUCGCGCCGUGGAGGAUGGUGACGCCGACGAAAUGGAUGGCGAGGUGGCCACCGAGUCAGCGGCUGCUAAGAGGAGGAAGCGGAAGAAGGAGAAGGAGAGGAAGGCGGCCGCGAAGGCCGACGUGAAGAAGCCCCCAAAGCACGUGCAAGAGAUGCUGGAGGCGCUUGCUAGGAGGAAAGAGGCGGAGGAGCGACGGCAACACGAGGAGGAGCAGAGGAAGAGGAAGGCGGAUGAGGAGCGACUGCGGCGACAGGAGGUGGAGAGGAUGGCGGAGGAGGCGAAGAAACAGAAGACGGGGAGGGUUAAAGAGAAACAGUCGAGGAAGAUGCUGAAUGGGAAGGCCAUGACCAGGAAGCAGAAGGAGGAGGCUAAGAGGCUUGAGGCCACGAGGCGACAACUCCUUGGGCAGAGAGGGAUUCCUAUUGGCGGUGGUGGUGCCCCUGACAGAAACAAAAGACCCAUAUAUGAUUCCAAGAAAAAGAGACUAAAGCCUGGCAAGACCUCAGAUGAUUGUGGUGAUCAUGAGCAGGAGCUUAAUGAGGUUAUCAAGGAAGAACAAUCUAACAUUAUGAAGGCUGAAGAGACACUCAAGCUUGAUCAAGAGAUUGAAGGGGGUAAAUUGAUAAAUGUAAAUCAAGAUGAUGAGGAAGAUGACAUUCAAUGGGAUGACAAGUUCUUCAGUGAGGAUGAUGAUUACGAUGUGAAUUUGACUGAUACUAUUGACUUUGAGGGAGAAGCCAAGGCAGAGAAGAAAGUGGCGAUAGAGCCUGUUAUACAAAAGGUUGUUUGUCUGGAUGCAGGCUUGAAGAGUAGUGAAACGGAAGAUGGGGACAAUGCUGACAAAAAUGGCGAGGACAUUAGAGGUUCUACUCUGAAGAGUGAUCCUGCUAAAGUGGACACAGAUAAGAAGGAUAUGGUCCUCUGCUCUCCAAUCUGCUGCAUUCUUGGUCAUGUUGAGACUGGAAAGACCAAACUGUUGGAUUGUAUUCGGGGCACUGACGUACAGGGAGGAGAAGCUGGGGGUAUCACCCAACAGAUCGGUGCUACCUACUUUCCUGUGGAAAAAAUUAGAGAGGCAACCAAGGAGUUAAAAGCUGAUGCUGCUCUUCAUGUUCCAGGAUUACUUGUUAUCGAUACUCCUGGGCAUGAGUCAUUCUCUAACUUGCGUUCCAGAGGCUCAAGUUUGUGUGAUAUUGCGAUCUUGGUAGUUGACAUUAUGCAUGGGAUACAAUCACAAACGAUCGAGUCCUUGAAACUUUUGAAGAAACACAGGAUAGACUUAAUUGUCGCAUUAAAUAAGGUCGAUCGACUCUUUAGUUGGAAAAAUUGUCCAAACGCUCCAAUUAAGAAGGCUCUUAAACAGCAAACUGAAGAUGUGAAGAGGGAGUUUGAUGCAAGGCUAACUGAUAUUGUAACACAGUUCAAGAUACAAGGCAUCAACACUGUUUUGUACUACCAAAGCAAAAAGGUGGACGAUACAUUUAAGAACAUUGUACCUACCUGUGCAAUAAGUGGUGAAGGCAUUCCAGAUCUCCUGCUAUUAUCAGUACAGUGGGCACAAAAGAAGAUGAAAGAACGCCUAACAUUUUGUGAGAAAGUUGAGUGUACUGUUCUGGAUGUUAAGCUCACUGAAGGUCAUGGUACUACAAUUGAUGUUGUUUUGGCCAAUGGUGUUCUCCAUGAAGGAGAUAAAAUAGUUAUAUCUGGCAUGCAGGGGCCUAUCGAGACUCAUAUCAGAGCUUUGUUGACACCUCAUCCAAUGAGAGAGCUUCGAAUUAAGCGCCAUGCUUGCAGGAACGAAAACAAAGCAAGGAAACAGCAAGAGGCUGCGGCGACUAGGGGCCGGCGUCUUCCGCCGGGGGCUCCGGGGACGGCUCGGGGUCCGGCUUCCGCUGCAUCCGCUCGACCACCUCAUCGACAAACCCACUCACCGCCUGAGUGUGGGUGGGCUCAUCCUCGCUGUCCGACCAGGCGUCCAGAAGCGUCUCGAAGGGAAACUCCGGGUCCCAGAGGUGUACCCUCAGAAGAAUCGUCCCGGCAACCUCCCGGACACAGUUGGCAACCUCGUUGGCGCCAAACUUGGCGAUCUAGACGUCGAGCGCCCCGAACUUCCCCACCAGGUCGGAGAAGAACGGGAUCAGCGUUGAGACGUCCGUGCCGUCCACCUCCGCGGCCUGCAGCUCGAACCUGGGCAGCAGAUCGCGCAGCGCCUGGGCGAUGUGAAGCAGCUUCUCGGUCUCCAGCUGCCGUUGACCAAUCAACGUGCCGUGGUGGAGCCGGGCGUUGAGCGUGGCCUUCUUGGCCUUCCG